GUGAGGUGUAAGCAGCAUUAGCAGCAUCAGUGUCAUGGUGAGUCGGGAUAUCACAGCUAUGCUGGAAUCUUUGAGACAGCAGGCUCAGAGCCACGGUCCUUCAUGGUUACAGGACCAGCUGGAUAGGAUUAAUGGCCCCCCCAGGUGGCGAUAGUACCCCCCCCCAGUAGGCCCCAAUGGAGGAGCAGGCCCCCAGCGCGCCUCAGCCCAGAACUUGGGGGAAAGAGAAGGCGGGCGGUCAGUCCGAGUCCGGGGGUUACUAGGGGUCCCAGGAGUAGCAGGACCAGCACUCCCGCAGUGCCUUGAGGAGGGAAUAAUGAGCAUGGGAGAUCCGGAGGAUGCUUGGCGCUGCAGCCGACAUCAGGGCAAAGAAGUGGGUGGAGCUUACGCGCGAGCCGCAGCUCAGCGCGGGGAGACAGGCAGAAUGGCGCGUCUUCCCCCCUGCACACGCCAGACACACAGGGGAGUAGAAAGGGUGCACGCGGAGGCGCAGCCAAGCAGAGAGGCACCAGAGACACUCCCACUGUACCUGUCAGCAGCAGUAAUACCCCUCCAAGCCUACACAGGCAGAGUAGGGGUACAGCAACUUCGUCUCACAGCCCAGGGGAGGCUGCUUACAACAGUCCAGCAGCUGCAGCUUGGAGUCGCGGGACUGUAACAGCCCAGGACAGGGCUUCUGAAAGGGAGCAGGGCAGUUCUUCAGAUGGAGAAGGGCAGCACAGGAGAGGCACAGCCCCUACCAGGGCUUCCAGACCAGAGGCAGGACCAGACAGCCCGGGGGGGAUACCCCCCCUGCGCAAUCAGAACAGGGACCGGUCUUACAGCCCCCAUGGCUCGGAGUCAGAUGGAUCUCAGGACCGGACCACUCGCCGCAGCUGGCGUCACUCACGACCUACCACUAAUGCGGACCAAGGCGAGGUCAGAAGCAGUGGUGUAUCAGGGGAGGCCGAACGCACGGCGGUGCCAGGAAAUUCAGGACUCCUCAAGUCGUUAUGGGUGGUUCAUCGGUGAUUUGGAUUGUGGGUGACUCAUGCAUUGCCCGGGCACAUCAGCGGUUGCAAAUAUAUCCACCAGGAACACUUUUAAGCUUCCUUCCAACUCAAGUAGUGAUUCAAUGGUUUGGAGUUGGGGGCAUGCGAUGGGAGCAGGUAUUGCUAAAGUUUGCAGCACAAAUGAGAAUUGCUAUGCCACCAGACAUACUGGUGGUGCACUGUGGGGGUAAUGACCUGGGCAGGGUAUCCCAAAGGGAACUUAUACGGGUUAUGCGGUGUGAUUUAGAGAGGAUCAUGCAGUUAGCGCCCAAUGUAAAGAUAGUUUUUUCAGAAAUGGUGAGUAGGAUCCACUGGAGGUUUGUCAACACAUGGGAAGCUAUUGAGAGGAGUCGCAAGGUGAUUAAUAAACAGUCGGCCGGUAUCGUUAGGAAGAUGGGCGGCUUUAUUGUACGACACAAGUACGUGGUAACGGGGGACCCGGGGUAUUACUUGAAGGAUGGGGUGCACUUAAGCCAGGUGGGUUUGGACAUUUUUGUGCUGGGGUUGCAGGAUGGAAUUGAAAGGGCGCUGGGCGAGUGUGUGGGUGGAGCCCGGCCAGCUUAAGGGGUCAAGCGGCCCGAGCCGUGGCGGGGGAAUGCUUGCCAGUGUGGGUAAUGGGGCUGUAGUCCCCUAUUUGUGGCGUGUGUUGGUGCCUCUCCGGGUAAGGGCCCCGGGAGGUAAAGUCGAGUGAGGCCAUCUGCUACUACUUGCCCAUCCAGGGCAGCGCCCGGGUGGCCGGCAUGGCAGUGGCCCGGUCACUCUAUGGAGUAACCAGUUAGGCAAGCAUUCCCGUGGGAAUUACUGUUAUGUUACAGUUAUGUGUGAUUAAUACAUACAUAUAUAUUAAAGUUUAAUAAAAGCUGCGGCCUAUGAAUUCCAUCCUGAGCCUCAAGUGUCUUUAUUGGGAUCUUUAUGAUAAAGGGGGGUGUGGGAGUGGUCAAAUGGGAUACAGGUAAGACGGCGGCCUUAACGCUGCCCGGGUCAUAGGGCUUCCCAGAUAAACACAGUGGAAGGAGGGAAGCUUUGACUGGGUUAGGCAGGCCUUAGUCUUAGAAAGGUUAUGAUUGGUGGGAGAGAGUAAAGGUGGGGUUACCAGGCAGAGUAGAAUCCAGCAGGAAAGCAGUGGCAUCCAUCUUACAGCUAGCAGUGAGGUGUAAG